AUGUCCGUCAAAUUCCAGGAUGAAUCUCUGCGCAAAGAGACCAAGGAGCUGGCGCAUAAGGUCGGCGAGCGUCUGACCGGCGGAAACUCCCAGAAUGGCUAUCUGGCGAUGUACCUCCGUCAGCUCCAGUCCAACCCGCUCCGCACCAAGAUGUUGACCUCGGGCGUCCUCUCCGGCCUGCAAGAAUACAUCUCCUCGUGGAUCGCCCACGACGUCAGCAAGCACGGCCACUACUUCAGCGCGCGCGUGCCCAAGAUGCUCCUCUACGGCAUGUUCAUCAGCGCCCCGCUGGGCCACUUCCUCAUCGGCAUCCUCCAGAAGGUCUUUGCCGGCCGCACCAGUCUCAAGGCCAAGAUCCUGCAGAUCCUCGCCAGCAAUUUGAUCAUCUCCCCCAUCCAGAACACCGUCUACCUGUGUUCCAUGGCCGUCAUCGCCGGCGCCCGCACCUUCCACCAGGUUCGUGCCACCGUGCGCGCCAGCUUCCUCCCCGUCAUGAAGGUCAGCUGGGUCACCUCGCCCAUCGCGCUGGCCUUUGCCCAGAAGUUCCUCCCCGAGCAUACCUGGGUGCCCUUCUUCAACAUUGUCGGCUUCUUCAUCGGCACCUACGUCAACACCUACACUAAGAAGAAGCGUCUGGAAGCUUUGCGCAAGCGCUACGACCAGCGUCGCGGUCCCGGCAGCGAAUACGACAAGGAGUACCGGUAA